AUUAGAUUUAGGGGUACGAGAGUUGCUCUUCGUACUUCUCUUUAUUUAUCCAAACACUUCAAAAAAGUUAUCGGAAAAGAAAAAGAAAAUGAAGAAGUGUGAAGUAUGUGGAGAGUUAGCUCGGAUGCACUGUGAAUCAGAUGAAGCCAACUUAUGUUGGGAUUGCGAUUUGAAGGUCCAUGGAGCCAACUUCCUUGUUGCUAAGCACACUCGAACCCUCCUUUGUCAUCUCUGUCAAAAUCCUACUCCUUGGCUCGCAUCAGGUCGCAAUAUCGGCCCCGCCUUCACUGUUUGCGAUUCCUGCGUCGAAAACAGCAAUAUUGAACCUGAAGUGAUGGCGGAAGAGUCAUCCGAGGGAGAGUACGGUGAAGAAGAGGAAGACGACGAUUACGAUGAUGAGGCACCGGAAGAGGAGGUUGAAGAUACUGCUGACAAUCAGGUGGUUCCGCGGUCAGGCGACUCUUCUUCUCUGUCAAUGUCGAAGCCGGCGGCUAGCUUGGAGUGUAAUAGUGAAGGUGUCGUUAUUGGCAGUGGGAUCGGGUUGAAGAGGAGGAGAGAAAAUCAAAGUUUCUGCUAUGAUCCAAGCAGACGAGUGAAUAUUUUUUUGGUUGCAAAUGCAGGGUGAAAUCGGGUCCUCAUCUCUCUUAGGCUCAGGAGGUUCAUCCAAUGGAGAAACAUCAUCUAUGGGGAUCAUCAAGAUUAUUACUGAAGCAACCAACAUUAACUGAAGUUAAUCAAUAAGG